GCUAGCUUGAUCACCUCGUCCUGCUUCAUCCAGUGUAGAAACACAGGCAGGUAAACCUCUCUAGCUUCUUCACCAACCUAUCUGAUUUUACACAACUUCAAUACGCUUGUGAUCAGCACUAAUGGAGACAACAGGAGUUUGUGAGAUUGAUGUGGCGACCAGAAGAAUCGUGGGAGGUAGUGACUCUCCACCCGACCUGGACAGCCCAUGUCAGGAGGAGGUUGCAGGCUUUGGUUUGGGGUUGUGCUGUGCUGAGGAGGUGAGGGGAGAAACUCCAGGCAGAGAGGACAGUCCCAGCGACCUGGGGGAGGCAGAGCUCGACCCCGGAGGAGACCUCAAGGCAGAGGACCAGGCUUUUGGGAAGGAGGUUGCUCUUUUGAUGCACGCCCUGAACUCCCUGGCUACUCCUGAGGAGAAACUAGCGGCUUUGUGCAAGAAAUAUGCCGACCUGUUGGAGGAGAGCCGCUGCAUGCAGAAGCGGCUGAAAGCACUGCAGAAGAAACAGUCUCAGAUAGUGAAGGAGAAGAUCCACCUGCAGGGGGAGCACAGCAAGGCCAUCCUGGCCCGCAGCAAGCUGGAGAGCCUCUGUAGGGAGCUGCAGAGACACAACAAGACACUGAAGGACGAAAACGCCCAGCGGUCCAGGGAGUACGAGGAGCAGCGGAAGGAGGCCAUGCUUCACUUCCAGAUGACCUUGACCGACAUCGAGGUGCAGAUGGAACAGCAUAGCUCCCACAACACCAAGCUGAGGCAGGAGAACAUGGAGCUGGCCGAGAAGCUCAAAAAGCUCAUCGAGCAGUACGAGCUCCGAGAGGAGCACAUAGACAAGGUGUUCAAGCACAAGGAGCUGCAGCAGCAGCUGAUGGACGCCAAGCUGCAGAGAAUCACCGAGAUGAUGAGAGAGGUGGAGGAGAAGCAGCAAAGAGAGAGAGACUUUCUGCUGAAGGACGCCACGGAGUCCAGACGCAAGUGUGAGCUGAUGAAGGAGCAAGAAACACAGCUCAAACAACAGCUCUCGCUGUACAUGGACAAGUUUGAGGAGUUUCAGAGCACUCUGGCUAAAAGCAACGAAGUCUUCACCACCUUCAGACAGGAGAUGGAGAAGAUGACGAAGAAGAUCAAGAAGCUGGAGAAGGAGACGACACAGUGGAGGACCAAAUGGGAGAGCAACAACCAGGCCCUGCUGCAGAUGGCCGAGGAGAAAACUCUGCGUGACGGCCACUUCAAGGCCCUGCAGGGGAAGCUGGAGCUGCUGGAGAGGCUGUGCAGAGCCCUUCAGAAGGAGAGGAACGACCUCAACAACCAGCUCAGCCUCCUCCAGGAGCAGGAGCAGGUAGACAAAGACAAAGACAAAGGGACCACAGCACCUCCUGAAGACCAGCCACGGGAGCCCUCCCCCGGGGAGGAAGACGGCGGCGAUGAUGACGUGGCGGAGAAGGAUGAGGAGGAGGAGGCAGAAGAGGAAGAUGAGGAGGGCUUGGCUCAGGGUGACGUGCUGGAGACGGAGGGCAUCCACCAAGCCUCCAGACCUCCUGAACUGGACCCCACACCGGCUGCUACUGACACAACCACUACUGCUACGACGACGCCCAGCCAGCCUGCAGAGACACCGACCUCACAGCAGGACUGAACGAGCCUCUGCCGCCUCUCUCUGUGUGUGUAGGUGUGAAGGGUGUCAUCACACACCUCCAGCCGAGUUCCAUAACUAGCCAGAAAAACCAUCUUGGAUGGGGAUAGAGAUUUCUUUUCUUUUUUUUUUAAUUCUAGACAGAAACUGAACCCAUACAGUAUCUUUUUUUUUUGUGCGAUAGUUAAAGAGGAAUAAAAUGAUUGUAUCGAGGAUUCUAUUCUAAAACUUUUGCCCACGUUUACAUUGGUUGUAAUAAUUGGCUUUAUGGUGAGCACUUAGUACUCCCUGUUUUCUACCAUAACUGUAUUUUCAUAGGAAAUUUCCAUGCAGUCAAAUUGGCCGUUUUCUUUCUCUCUUCACACGGCCUCUCCCUGUAGUGUCACAUGUCUCAUUUGGAAACUCUAGUUUGAUUAAAUUCAACAGUGGGAACAUCACAUGCAUAUUGUCACAGGUCACUUUUUCUUAACGUAGCCUUACUGUCGGCAUGUGAUCUGGAAACAUGGAAGAGGAAAUGGGAGUCAGAGUGUAGAACAAGUCAGAGCUUGAGCUUAUUUCACGUCUGUGUUCGGCUGCAGGGUAUUAAAUAUUUUUGAUCACGUCA